UCACCAUGCAGCGCAGCCAAGUGUCGAUGUGCGCAGUUGUGCUUUUUGCAGCGAUGGCGUCGGCGCUUGAGUGCACGUCAGCGGACUUGGCGACCGUCACGUCGUCCGGCCUUACGUGCAUCAACGCCGCGAGCCUCAACAUUGCCGCCAUGUCGUCCCAAGACCCCGAAGUGCUGGCCAAGAUGUGCAAAUACUCAGAAUGCAAGUCGUUCUUUGCCGCGACACAAGCGUUGACGUGCACGGUGCAGAACCAACCGGCGUCGCUCGCGUCUCUCGCCUGCAGCGGCACCACGUCGUUGACACCGGCCAUCUCCGUGGGCAUCGUCUCGUGCCUGAUGCUCCUCGUCAUGCAGCUAUAA